CAUUGUUCCUCUGGUGUCUCCUUUAUCCGCUGUAAUUGGAUCCUGGAGGGAGCCAGCGCGCAAAGGAGGGACCGAGGGAGGCUGGGCGGGGUUGCUGAGGCGGGUAACGUAGUCCCGAGGCUUUGGCCUGCGCCUCCCUCUCCUGUCAAGCAUUUGAUUUCAUUGUUCCGGGCUGAUGUCACUCCCAGUUGUCACAAACGCCUCUCCCGGGGACAAUGUGGGACUAGGAGGCACAAAAGAGCUCUCCGGACGUCGCCCGCAGAUUUGGCGGCUUCAACACCUCCUAAACGCCACAGGGUGUUGGUUUCCUUAGAAGCAGGUCCAUGCAUUCCUACACCAUGGCAUCACCAGACAGGAUGAGUGGCUCAGAUAAUGGACUAGAUGAAACAGAACUCAGUAUCACUCUCACUCUCCGGAUGCUUAUGCAUGGAAAGGAAGUUGGCAGUAUCAUAGGCAAGAAGGGAGAGACAGUGAAGAAGAUAAGAGAACAAAGUACUGCCCGGAUCACCAUUUCAGAAGGAUCCUGUCCAGAGCGGAUCACCACUAUUACAGGAUCCACUGAUGCUGUUUUUAGAGCUGUUUCUAUGAUUGCUUUCAAGCUGGAAGAGGACCUGGGGACAAGCCCUACCAAUGGGAGCACUAUAUCCAAACCACCUGUAACACUUAGGCUAGUCAUCCCAGCCAGCCAGUGUGGCUCACUUAUUGGCAAAGCAGGAGCCAAAAUAAAGGAAAUUCGAGAGACCACAGGAGCACAAGUCCAGGUGGCUGGAGACCUUCUCCCCAACUCCACUGAGAGAGCUGUGACAGUUUCAGGAGUCCCAGAUGCCAUCAUCCAGUGUGUGCGACAGAUAUGUGCUGUUAUCCUAGAGUCACCACCAAAAGGAGCCACUAUUCCCUACCAUCCCGGCCUCUCCUUGGGACCGGUUCUCCUCUCAGCCAAUCAGGGAUUCUCUAUGCAAGGGCAGUACAGUGGCUUGUCUCAAGCUGAAGUGACAAAGUUACAGCAGCUUUCUGGGCACCCUGUCUCAUUUUCUUCUUUGGGGCAAACUCCAUCUAUAGUAGCAGGGUUGGACACAAAUUCUCAGAGCAGCUCUCAGGAGUUCCUGAUUCCCAAUGAUCUCAUAGGCUGCAUAAUUGGCCGCCAGGGCAGCAAGAUCAGUGAGAUCCGGCAGAUGUCUGGAGCACACAUCAAGAUUGGGAAUCAGACUGAAGGCUCUGCUGAACGUCACGUGACCAUCACAGGCACCCCAGUCAGCAUUACUUUGGCUCAAUACCUCAUCACAGCCUGUUUAGAGACGGCCAAAUCUACCUCCCAGACGCCCCCCGUUGACCUCGGCAUGACCUUCUCCCAGUCCCUCACUCCUUCACCAGCCCCAACGCUGACAGCAGUGGCUGCUCCUCCCCCAGCCUUGCUUGGUGCCCCCUAUGCUAUCUCCCUCUCCAACUUCAUCGGCCUGAAACCCGUUCCCUUCUUGACUCUGCCCCCUUCCUCAGCCACAGGGCACAAUGGCAGCCUUGCCACCUACACGACCAAGAUCUCCACAGCCAAUGCCACAAAGAAGGCUGAGAGACAGAAGUUCUCCCCAUACUGAAACAUGAACGUGGGCUUUGGGGCAGAGAGAGGAAACCUCUAGGGAUCCUCACGUGCUUUGCAAGAUGCCAUCAGCAUUGGUUCACUCCAAAGUGAGACUACAUGGGGAAAGACUAAGUAAUAUGUGAGGAGAAAAGCCAUGUGUAGGAAAGCAGGAGGAUGGAAGAAAGAACAACCUGGACAACUGUUAAGAGCAGUGAUAGUCAAGGGUCAGACUGAGAACUGGUCCUUCUCCAUAGGUUACACCUGACACUGGCUAAGGAGAUGUUUAUGGUAGGCAAGGCUAUCUCAGCCUCAUGCUUUUACCUCUGUUGAGCAAUUGCUACCCCACACUAGAAACUGUUAUCUUCCUUUGCCCUCCAUAAAUCUAUCUGAUGUUUUCUGGGGAAAACUUUACACCAUCUUAUUUCCAGUUACUUAAAGAAAAGUUAUUCUCCACACGCACCCCAAUUCUUUGUACUA